CACUUCGUUAAUUUCGCCCACUCUUUAACACUCUCCGGACUUCCCAAAGCAAAGCUAAAACAAAAUUCAAACGCCAUUUAAACCUUCAUUUUGUUCCCCUUUCGGCUUUAUAUAAAGGCUUCAUUUUCUGGCUUCCCUCUUCGCUUCCCGUUCUUAUUCUAUCCUCGCUGUUCGCAGAUUCCUCAGAGCUCCGAUUACGAUGGCUGCUGUUACCGGAUCCAAUGUCGUCGCUCUAAAACCCGCCGCGAGGUUUGCUGAUCCUACUGACCGAAAAUUUGUUCAGAUUCGGCAAUGGUCUCCGAUUUCCGGCGGAUUCGGAUCGGUUCAGGCUCGGCUCUGCAUCGGUCUCCAGUGCCAAUCGAAACGAUCAUUUGCGUCCCCCGGUGUAAAAGCUCAGGUUGCCACUGUUGAACAAGCCAGCAUUGAAGCAGCUCAAAACGUAGAAGCUCCCGUAGCCAUAGUUACUGGAGCUUCUAGAGGCAUCGGUAAAGCAGUUGCGUUGGCUUUAGGUAAAGCAGGUUGCAAGGUCCUAGUGAAUUAUGCCAGAUCAUCAAAGGAGGCUGAAGAAGUUUCAAAAGAGAUUGAGUCGUAUGGUGGUCAGGCUGUUACUUUUGGUGGAGAUGUUUCAAAAGAAGCUGAUGUAGAAGGAAUGAUAAAGACUGCUGUUGAUACAUGGGGAACUGUUGAUAUAUUGAUAAACAAUGCAGGAAUCACUCGGGAUACUUUGUUGAUGAGAAUGAAGAAAUCACAAUGGCAGGAGGUUAUUGAUCUGAAUCUUACAGGAGUGUUUCUUUGUACACAGGCAGCAGCCAAAAUCAUGAUGAAGAAGAAAAAGGGAAAGAUAAUUAAUAUAGCAUCAGUUGUUGGUCUGGUUGGCAACAUCGGGCAAGCUAACUACAGUGCUGCUAAAGCAGGUGUUAUUGGUUUGACAAAGACUGUUGCAAGGGAAUAUGCCAGCAGAAACAUUAAUGUCAAUGCUGUUGCCCCAGGAUUUAUUGCAUCUGAUAUGACAGCCAAGCUUGGGGAAGACCUCGAGAAGAGAAUCUUGGAAACAAUUCCCUUAGGAAGGUAUGGUCAACCAGAAGAAGUUGCAGGACUGGUCGAAUUUUUGGCCAUAAACCCUGCGUCUAAUUACAUCACUGGACAGGUGUUCACCAUUGAUGGAGGAAUGGUCAUGUAAAAUUGCAUUACCGUCACUCGAUAAGCUGCUAUAUCGCCACUUGAAAUUAGUUAGUUUGUUUAGCGAUUGCUUCGAUUUGAUCGGGUUUAGAUUUUGUAGCUUUUUUUUCUUUUUUUAAAUAAAAGAUUUCCAGUAUUUCCAGCAGCAUUUUAAUUUGAAGCAUGUUGUAAAAACUGAAUGAAGAGCCGAGUUGGUUGGGUUAUUUCAAUUAUAAAAUCAUUUUCAGUUGGUUA